AUGUCCGAUCCAGAAGACUUGCGAACAAUCGUCAACCAACUCUUUGUGGAUUCAGGAGAAAAAGAAAAGUUACUACAAUGGCUCGAAAAACGAUUAGCAGAAACAGAGUGGAAUGAACAGCUUAGUGCUUAUUGCCGAGAAAUGGUUCGCACAAAGCAUAUGGAAAAUGCCACUUUUGAACAGAUUUAUGAAGAAGUUGAAGAUUAUGCCAAUUGUAUGUAUAACAAAAAUAUCCAAGCUAUUGCUUUACUCAAUGUAUCUUAG